UCAUCUAUACCAACCCCCGAGACAACCAUGCCGACCUCCAUCCGUCAAGUCUACGUUCCCUCCUUUGGCGAUGAAUCUCACAUCACCAUAAUGACGGCUCCAAUCGCCGACCCAGCUCCCAAAGAAGUCCAGAUCAAAGUCCUCUGCUCCGGUUUCGGUGGCUCUGACAUCGCCAUGCGCCUGGGCAAGUACCCGGGACAGAAAGACGCACCGCUGGUCCCUGGCUACUGCCUCGUCGGCCGCAUCCACUCUUUGGGCACCUCCUGCUCCAAGUUCAAAAAAGGCGAUCUGGUAGCCGCAAUGACUAAAUACGAUGCUCAUGCUGAACUCACCAACUUUGACGAAAAAUAUGUCGUACCUUGCCCUGAGGGGAUUGACCUUGAGCAAGCCGUCGCCAUGGUCCUGGACUGGAGCACAGCAUACGGCAUGACGUACCGGGGUGCCAAAAUCCAAAAGGGCUCGCGUGUUUUUAUCCACGGACUCAGUGGUGCUGUGGGCUUCGCUGCUUUUACCUUUUGCAAGAUGCAGGGCGCCGAAGUGUACGGCACGGCUUCUGAAUCCAAGCACGAACGUCUCAAGGAGCUCGGCGUGACUUUGCCCUUCGUCUACACGAACAAAGACUGGAUCACAGCUAUGCAGAACCUUGGUGGUGCGCAUGUCGUGUUCGAUGCGCUCGGCUUUGACUCCUACGAUGAAUCAUGGAGAAUCCUCGCACCCAAGGAGGGUGGCCACCUUGUUGGUCUCGGCGGCAACCUGGACGUCCUGAAUGGCAACGAGCCGCGGAAUCAAUACGUUGGUAUUGCGAAGCUGCUGGCCAAGGGCAUGGUACCGUUCUGCCCGCACAAGACUAGCUUUUAUUACAUCGAUAAGGAUCAGAAGACCUUUGAACCGGAGAUGAAGGAGCUUUUCCAAUUGAGUCUCCAGGGAAAGAUUCAUGCGCCCAUCAAGAAGAGGUUGACUCUUGAGGAGGUGCCGCAGGCUCACAAGGAGUUUCACAAGUACCGCGAUAUUGGGUCUGUUGUGGUGAAAGUGGCAGAGGAUGAUGGGACGGGGGAUUUGCACGCAACUGAGUUCAAGUAA